GACACAAAAAGAAACACUUUGCAAAAAAUUCAGAAAAGACUAGUCGCUCUUUGGAUUUAAAUUAUCUUACCAUUUCACCAAUAGAAUGACUAGUAAAUGUGAUUGACAGACUAAACAGCCAAUAGAAGCGUCCAUUGUUAUUUUACUAAACACAUAAGUGGGUGUGGUCAUUAUCAACGGAAAUGACUGCUGAGAGGCGUGACUUGUACAUUGUUUUCGGACAUAGAGGCUGUUUUCGAGAUUUUUUCUACGGACAUAACACAAGAAUCAGAAAGCAUAACCUUUAACGAUAGGUCACAGGUGGUAAUUUAACCAUCGUUUGAUCAAGUCGCGUAAUUUAAAGCGACGCUUAUCUCGUUUUCAGAAGAUAAAUUUGUUCUAGGUCAAAUAAGGUGAUGCUGCCGCAGUUGCUGUCUUUGAGCUCGACACAAUCGCUGAAUUUUAUGUUGCGUUUAGUCGAAAUACGAAGCUUUGCGAUAAGAGAAAACGCCUGCAGAAUAUGUCAGUCUCGACCGAGUCAUUUUCAAAUAUACUAAAUUCGCACUGCAACGCAUUUUAUUGCUGCCCCGCACCGUGCGUAGGCGCCAGAGCAUUUUAGCUUGUAUUGUGUAUUGAGUUAGGGCAACAACUCAACAGAUCUUUCUGUGAUCGAUCCCUUCUGCUCUUUUCGCCCCGAUCGAAAAGUCACAGUGCAGCCAGAAAGCUAUGAAGCUUUUAGAGAAUUCCCUUUUUGAGGCCUUGAGCUCCCAGCUGUGUGUUGAAACUGGAGACGCUCACAUCCUUGGCAGGAUCGAAAGUUACUCGUGUAAGAUGGCUGGGGAUGACAAGCACAUGUUUAAGCAGUUCUGUCAGGAGGGGGAGCCACACAUACUAGAAGCUCUGUCACCCCCUCAGUCCAGCAGCGCUCCGAGCCCUAACCUAUUGGGGAAGAGUGGGGAGGAUGGAGAGAACCCAUUAAGUGAUAAGUGUUGCAGGAAGACUUUGUUUUACCUUAUCACCACCCUGAACGAGUCGUUCCGGCCUGAUUAUGACUUCAGUGCCGCCCGCUCCCAUGAGUUCAGCCGAGAGCCCAGCGCUAACUGGGUGGCUGACUCUGUUAACAGCAGCCUUUAUUCUGCUGUAGGGGAGCAGUUUAACUCUUUAGGCCCAGAACUGUGGAAUGCCAUUGACCAAGAGAUAAACCUGCAGAGCUGUGACAUCUAUAGCUACAACCCAGACCUCGACUCUGACCCCUUCGGUGAGGAAGGCAGCCUGUGGUCCUUCAACUACCUCUUCUACAACAAGAAACUGAAACGCAUUGUAUUCUUCACCUGCCGCUCAGUCAGUGUUCUCAGUAGUUAUGGUUGCAGUGGCCUUGACAAUGAGUUGGACAUGGAGCUGGAUGAUGAUGAAGAGGAAGUGGACAGCUUCAUGGAAGAAAGAGACAGGGUCCCUAGAGCUCUGUGUGUCUAAAGCUUUCUCAGGGAUGACAACCUGAGAUUCAGCCAAAGGGCCUCGCCGACAACUUUGCACCCACUUUCUUCUUGCUUUUUCAAGGAAAAAAAAACUUUAUUUUCUGAAAUGUGUGUGCUUAAUUUUUAAUUGUUCAUUGUGGACUGAGGAGGGGGAAAAAUGAGAGGUAUUUACACCUCCCUCCCAUUUGCCCCUAAAGAAGGUCAAAGACUGUGGCUGAGAAGAAUUCCUGGAGAGCUGCUUGGACAAGGUUUGACAUGGACUCGUUUAGGCUUUGGUGAGGCUGAGAAAAUAAAACCAGUUCUCUAGGAAUGAAAGAUAGUCACAUUCAAACACCAGCAUUCUGACAGUGGAAAUGGGAUGUGACAUUUUUUUGAGGACACUUUGGACUACAAAGACUGCACAAGCACCAUUUUUGCCCCUUUCCAUUUUAUUGGUUGUCCUACUGUUUUCAUAAUUUGUUGGCCGAGAGGGGGGAUUGGUUAAGUGUAAGUUUUGAAGCUUGUUUAUGUGAAUUUUGUCAUUUAAUUUAAUCAAUUGUUCUGCCUAUAUGAAAGCUUUUUGUGUGCUUUUGGCAGAUAUUUUUAUCUGCAACUAACAGGUACUCCAUUGAUCCUGGCAUUGUUGGCACCAUGCUCUAGCAAAUCAGCUGUAGACAUUUUAGACUUUUAUUUGCCUGAUAUCUUUAUAUAUGGUUGAACUAUAAAGUUUUUUUUUUGUAAGCUUAAUUAUCUGAAAUUCUAUUUUAGUAUACACUGCACUGAUCUUUUUUUUAUUGAAUGUAUGCAGGUUUCACAUUUUGUUGCUGCCAUUUGUUUUUGACUUUCUGUAAUGUUGGCUUUGACAUGUAUUUACGUCUGGGUACUUUUGCAUGGUUGAAAGAUAAAAAUAUGAACCAAAUAUUGUUGAAGCUUUCAAGGCUGAUGUAUUUGAACCUGUUCAUAAUCAUUUCUCAUAACAAUGUGAAAUUUCAAACAGUGUUGACAUGGAAAGAAACGUGAAUGGAGUCAGUCUUUUGUAGCCAUUUAGGAUGUCGAUUAAGGAUGAUUGAGCGUCUGUGACAAUAAAACUAUAGUUUUGUGUUUGAUA